AUGUUCAACCACAACAGAAUACCGCAUCUCCUCCUCACCAUCUUAUCACUAUCCUCAUUAUCCACCGCCCAAGACGACACCUCCUCAAUCACGUCGGCCAGCUUUCUUUCCCUCUCGGACCUCCAACUAAUACCCUCGCUCGCCAUCCCAAUCUCGUGCAUCUUGUCCUACAAUGCGCCCAUACUCAACUGCCGAAAAUUCGACAUUGCACAAGGGCAAUGCACGAUUGCCUGCCGGCGGGGUAUUCGAGAUAAGGAGGACUCGCUGAGGGAGAGAUGCUCCGAUGUGGCUGUCACCAGGGGGUCGUGGUUGUGGCUGGCGCUGCAGGGCGGGUUGGGUCAGGCGCUGUGUCGGGCGCCGGGGCAAGGUACUGUUGUUACUUCCACUAUUCGGCCGACGGCUAGCACGAGCAGCACGAUAGUGAAGGAGACGACGGUGACGAGGAGCGAGGCGCAAGGGGAUGAGAUAUUGACGUUUACUACAGUUCGUACUCCUACGAGCUCGAGUGCGGUGGUGGAGACGACGACGACGACAACGACGACGAGCGAGGCUGUUAGAGGGGAUGACACCACUACGUCGUUGCCGACGAUUAUCCCGACUUUUGUGCAGAGUGCUGAGCCUAGUGCUACUAGUAGUGAGGAGGCACCGGCUGAGACGGGGGAUGGUGAUGAAGAGAAUGUUGUGGUGGUUCCGGGAGGGGGAGGAGGAAGCCCGUUUGAUACUGUUUUGGCUGUUAAUGCUGGGGAGUCUUUGAAGGAGAGGAGCAACUUGGGUUGGGUGAUGGGGACGGUGAUUGGUAUUGGAAUGAUGUUUUGGAGGUAG